AUGGGUAUAAAUUAUGUGGGGAUUAUAUGUGUUUGUGUUGUGUUUUUCAUGGCAAUUGAAGCAACGACGGUUGUUCCUAGAACUGCACCCAUGGAUCAAUUUUCAGAGAAUAAGAAAGUAUUGAAUAAAACUGAAGCGGAAUUCCAAUCCCGCUCUCGCCCAAUUGACUACACAUUCAAGCUUCCAAUUACUACUACUUCUUGGCCAGAAGGUAACGGUUUUGCUGGCGGAGUACUCGACGUCGGUGGGUUACAACUGUCUCAAGUAUCAACAUUCAACAAAGUUUGGGGCGUCUACGAUGGUGGCCAGGACGAUAAAGGAGCCUCAGUGUACGAACCGAAAGAUAUACCUGACGGGUUCUCUAUGUUAGGUAGCUACAGCCAACCUAACAACAAACCUCUUUUUGGAUAUGUUCUUGUUGCAAAGGAUAUUUCUUCAAGUACAAGUAAUGGCACUUUGAAGCCACCAACUGAUUACGUGAUUCUAUUUAACACCUCAUCACUCUCGUCUAAUCAAGAUUCUACUUUGUAUAUUUGGCUACCAUCACCGCCUGAUGGUUAUAAAGCAAUAGGCCAUGUUGUCACCACAACACCAGACAAACCUUCGCUCAGCAAAGUCAUGUGUGUCAGAUCAGAUCUCACAGAACAAUGUGAUUUUUCUGCAUGGAUUUGGGGAGUCAAUGAUAAUAAUAUUUAUGAUGUUACACCAAACAUUAGAGGAACUCAAGGUCACGGUAUUCGUGCCGGAACCUUCGUUGGCCAUUUUGGGCUAGGUGAUAAUACUAUUCCUCCAUCUGUUUCAUGUUUGAAGAACCUUAAUCCCAUUUCAAAAAUCAUGCCUAAUGAGAAACAAAUCGAGGCAAUACUUCAAGUUUACUCUCCUUAUCUAUUCCUACAUUCCGACGAAGAGUAUUUACCUUCUUCGGUUAAUUGGUUUUUCUCCAAUGGAGCAUUACUAUACAAGAAAGGUGAUGAAUCACAUCCUGUUCCAAUACAACAAAAUGGCACUAACCUUCCUCAAGAUCCCACCUAUGAUGAUGCUUAUUGGAUAGACCUACCUGUUGAUGAUGAAAACAAAGAAAAGGUCAAACAUGGAAAUCUUGAGAAUGCUGAAUCUUAUGUACAUGUGAAACCAAUGUUUGGAGGAACAUUCACUGAUUUUGCGAUGUGGAUAUUUUACCCCUUCAAUGGACCUGGAAGAGCAAAAGUAAAAUUUAUAAAUAUUAAAUUAGGGAAAAUAGGUCAACACGUUGGUGAUUGGGAGCAUGUGACAUUAAGGGUAAGUAAUUUGGAUGGUAAACUAUGGCAAAUGUAUUUCUCACAACAUAGUAGUGGUUCAUGGGUUGAUUCAUCUCAAAUUGAGUUCCGAAAUGACGCAACAAAUAAACCUAUUAUUUAUGCUUCAUUGCAUGGCCAUGCAACAUAUCCACAUGAAGGUCUUGUUCUACUAGGCAAAAAUGAUGUAGGCGUAAGAGAUGAUACUGAUAAAAGUGAUAAUGUUAUGGAUAUGGGAAAAUUUGUAUUGGUUUCAGCAGAUUAUUUAGGGUCUGUUAAGGAGCCAUCAUGGUUGAAUUUUUUUAGAGAAUGGGGUCCAACAGUUAACUAUAAACUAGAUGAUGAAUUGAAAAACUUGGUGAAGGUUUUGCCUGGGAAGCUAAAAGAUGUUUUUGAAAACAUUAUUAAGGGUUUACCAAAAGAAGUACUUGGAGAGGAAGGACCAACAGGCCCAAAAGUAAAGAAUAGUUGGAAUGGUGAAGAGGUUUGAAUU